UGUGAAUGUGGGAGCGCAGAGGCAGAGGGGAGUCAGCAGCCGGUACAGCAGCCGUGGCAAGCCGCCUUCGUCCCCCAGGCUCUCUGAACACGAUGUCUGCACCUCCUGCCAGCAAUGGUGUGUUCGUUGUCAUCCCGCCCAGCAACGCCAGCGGCCUCCGCCCACCUCCAGCCAUUCUGCCCACCUCCAUGUGCCAGCCUCCAGGGAUCAUGCAGUUCGAAGAGUCACAGCUGGGGGCGCAGGCGCCCAGAGCUACUCAACCACCUGAUCUUAGACCAAUGGAGACGUUCUUGACCGGAGAACCCAAAGCUUUAGGGACGGUGCAGAUCCUGAUCGGUCUCAUCCACCUUGGCUUCGGCAGCGUCCUGCUUAUGGUUCGGCGAGGCCACCUGGGGAUGCUCUUCAUCGAAGGUGGCGUCCCCUUCUGGGGAGGAGCUUGUUUUAUCAUCUCUGGGUCCCUCUCCGUAGCAGCUGAGAGGAACCACACCAGUUGCCUGUUGAAGAGCAGUCUGGGAACCAACAUCCUCAGUGCCAUGGCAGCCUUCGCGGGGACAGCCAUUCUUCUCAUGGACUUUGGUGUCACUAACUGGGAUGUGGGCAGGGGCUACCUUGCCGUGUUGACCAUCUUCACCAUCCUGGAGUUCUUCAUCGCUGUCAUUGCCACCCACUUUGGGUGCCAAGCCACCCGUGCUCAAACUAACGCAUCUGUGAUUUUCCUACCCAAUGCCUUUGGCACGGAUUUCAACAUCCCCAGCCCAGCAGUCUCUCCACCUCCUGCCUAUGACAACGUGGCAUAUAUGCCCAAGGAGUCAUCAGAAUAGAUUACAAGUUCUGCAGGUUGAAGUCCAGGCUUCCCACUUUACCCAGAGCCUCUCCACCCUCACUUUGUCCGUUCUAAGGCAGCGGUUUCCCAGCGAGACUCUCCAAGCCAUGUGCACUGUGUCACUGAGUGACAUGUUCCAUCCAUUUCCUAGUUCCUCCAAUACUGUCUUUCCAAAAAAGGCAUAAAGCUGGUGUCCAGGGUGUGCCCAUUCUCAGCCCUGUCACCUGACAUAGACGUCCCGUACACUCCUCCUCAGUCCUCUGCUCAUCGUGGGAAAUCUUGGCUUCGCAGAGGUUUCGGAGGUUUGUCUUCAAGAUCAUUAAGCACGGAGAACUCAGAAUGUUCCAGAAUAGACUGGCAUUUCAGAGGCUCAGAGCAAGGCUUGACCUCCAGGCUCCUAGCUCCGAAGAUCAGCUCUGUCCUUUGUCAUCUGCUGUUACAUCUUUGGGAUUUCAUUUUCCCACCCGGAAACUAGAGUGUUAAACUACACCACAUAAGACUAAGGCGUGAUGGCGCACGCCUUUAAUCCCAGCAUUUGGGAGAUUGAGGCCAGCCUGGUCUACAGAGUGAGUUCCAGGACAGGACAGUCAGGGCUACACAGAGAAACCCUGUCUCGAAAACCAAAAAAAAGCACCUCUUGGCUAAGCCCUGCAUUUCUCUUCUCCACCCCGGAACCUCCUUCUCCUUAUUUGUAACAGAAGAUUGGCAUUGACUCUGGCUCUGCCCACCUACUAGGACAGGAGGCUGCAGAGGAGACUGAACCACUCCAUACUCCCCCAACCCUGCCUGAAAAGCAGGAGUGCCCCUGAGAGUCACCACUUCAGCCCAGUGUUCACAGGCCCUGACAUAUGGCUUGUAUCAUCUAUACUUUGGAGAAAAAUAAACAGCGUGGCUUAGAUUUUAA